AUGGCAGUGAAGUUCACCAUUGGUGCUGAUGUCGUGAUUCAGAUCCCAUGGGAGGUGGGGCAGCAGGAUGGGUUUUACCGUCUUGAUUAUAGUCCCCCUCAGGGGAGACCCACUGCGAAUAAAACUUUUUACCCUCCUGAAAUUGCCAAUGGUAUUGAGUUGACACAUGCUCUCCCAGGAACAAAAUAUGACUUCCGCUUGUACUAUUCCAAUGACACCAUCAGUGACUUCCUCACAUGGACCGCUUCUAUUACCACAGGCGUCAUGUAUCAUCUUCCCAUCUCGGAUGAGAUGAAGGUGAUACUUGUGCCACUGUCAGAACCUCAGAACAGUGUGAAGAGCAUUGCAGUUGAUUCUGAUUCCUCACCCUUCACAUUGAGGAACCUCACACCUGGUGCCUCCUAUGAAGUUCAGCUCUAUACUGUCUAUGCAAACAAAGAAAGUGCAGUCUAUGUUUCAGCAAAUCUCACAACUUGUAUUGAAGACAUAAUAUCUCAUCCCUUCUUUGCAGUGCCAAACACUCCGGGUCGAUUUAUUGUUUGGUUUCGCAAUGAAACUACACUAUUGGUGUUAUGGCAGCCACCAUACCCUCCUGGGAUAUACUCUCAUUAUAAAGUAUCCAUUGACCCUCCUGAUGCAAUAGAAAGUAUUUUGUUUGUUGAGAAAGAGGGAGAGCCUCCUGGCCCUGCUCAGGCUGCAUUUUAUGGAUUAGUGCCAGGACGAGCAUACAACAUUUCCGUCCAGACUGUUAGUGAGAACCAAGUGUCCUUGGCAACAACAGCUCAAUAUAGGACUGUCCCUCUUCCCCCAAGAAAUGUGACUGCUGUUAGGCCCACACUUGGCACAGAUUCCUUCCAAAUCACUUGGAAUCUACCCAAUGGAGUCACUGAAUAUGAUCGUUUCACUGUGGCAUUGGGGCUAAGGAGGCACACAUUUCAUGCUGUAGACAAAGACAAGCCAAGAAUUGUUACAUUCAGCAACAACUUGGAUCCUGGGCAUACCUAUACUGUGGUUGUCAAGACAGUGUCUGGGAAUGUUGCCAGCUGGCCUGCAACAGGGAAUGUCACUACACGACCUCUGCCUGUUGCAAACCUUGAAGCACAGCAAGAUCAUGAGACUGGCAGCAUUGUUAUUCUAUGGAAGACAGACCCAAUAUCUGUACAAGACUCUUUCAAGGUGACAUGGCAAGAAGUGGGCUCUUUCAAUGGAGACUCUGGAUCAGAUAUUGUCACUGACACUAGCUUCUCGUUGGAGAAACUCUUGCGAGGCCGCAAUUAUUCCAUUGCUGUUCAAGCCAUCAGUAAUGGCAUGGAGAGUGAGGAAAGAGUUAUCUUCCAAGUGACAAAUCCUUCAUCCCCAAUCAUUGAGACCCUGUCUCCUCUGCCUCAUGGUCUCAACAUUUCAUGGAAGUGGGAUGUCACAUCGCGCCAGGACAGUUAUGCUGUUGUAUACACACGUAAUGACACAGGCGAGCAGGUGACAGAGAAGACAGAAGAGCCUCGCAUCACCUUGGAUGGCCUCUAUCCUGGAGCUGGCUACAGCAUCAAAGUUUAUGCCAUCAGCAAUGGACUCUGGAGUGAGCCUCAUGUCUACUUUCAAGCAGUCUGUGAGUUGAAGUAUUCAAUUGAAAUUCAAUCAAUUCAGCAGAUGACAGCAAAUAUCAGAGAAAACUUGAAGGUCUUGGGCUCCAAGAAUGAGUCAUCUGUCAAGCUGGAAUGGGAUCCACCACUAGAUUCCAUUUAUGAUGGGUUCAUCAUUCGAUAUCACACAAGUCAGUCUCCUCAGUGGGAGGAGCUACCUCCUGUGCCAGCAACUUCCACCUCAAAGUUUCUCACAGAUAUCCCUCCUGGUCAGAGCUUCACUUUUCAAUUGAACUCUGUGAGUCACAGAGUUGAGAGUCAGAGCAGUCUCCAUGCAGAUUACACUCUCAGACCAGAUGGGAUUGGAGAGGUGACUCCAUUGCGGUCAUCUGGGAACAUCACAUUUGAAUGGGAAAUUCCAAAAGGAAAAGUAGAAGUGUAUUUGAUAUCUUGGGAGCCUAGAGGAGAAGAUGAUGAACCAACACGAGGGAUACAAGGGGAAGAGGAGAUCCCAGCUGAUGAAGUUGUUCAUCCUGCUGAAGGAGUAGUUCGUGUCACUGUUGAUCACCUCUUCCCAGGGCAGGAAUACAGGUUCUCUUUCCAGACGAAGUCUCAUGGACUUCUGUCCCGUGUCCUCACACUCACCACUCGGACCAUGCCACUAAUCAAAUCUGAGGUGUACCUGGCAAACAAUCCUGAGGACACUGCUUCACUCACUGUUCGCUUCACUCCAACUCCAAACACAGUCUCUCUACUGGACAACUAUAGAUUUCAAUUGUCAGACCCUCGAAUCCCAGUGCAAGAGAAGAGUGAAAGUGACCCUGACAGAAAGGUUCUCUUUCAUGAUCUUGUACCUGGGCGGCUCUACAAUCUUACUUGCUGGACUGUAUCUGGUGGAGUGACCAGUGCACCCCUUGUAAGGCAAACAAGACAAUUUCCAGAACCCGUGUCCUGGGUGAAUGCAAGCCAUGUUGCAGAUACAUACAUAAUCCUUACUUGGAAUGUUCCUAAUGGUGAUCAUGAUGCAUAUGAGGUCCAAUACCUGACUGCUGAAGAUGCACUGCUGAGGAAUAUCUCACUAGUGAAUCGCAUCACUCUGGGGGGCCUGAGACCACAUCGCAACUACACAUUUACUGUGACAGUGUUGUCAGGUUCUGACACCCCAACACAGAAACGAUCCCUCCCUGUAUCAGCCACAUUUGUAACUCAAGAAUCUGUUCCUGGAAAGGUUCUGAACUUCCAUCCAAUUGAUGUGACGCCCAGCAAAAUCACAUUUGAGUGGCACAUUCCAUCUUCCAAUCAAAAUGGAAUCCUCAUCGGUUUCACUAUUCGAUAUGGAGCCAAGGGUUCUGAGUAUACAUUGGUGCAGGACUUUGGUCCCCAGGAAUUCCAAGGCACAAUUUUCAACCUCAUUCCUGGUGAAGUAUAUGAGUUCCAGAUCCAAGCCAAGACUCAGAUUGGCUAUGGCAGUGUGGCAUUCUGGGAACAACGAAUGCCUGUUUGGGCUCCACCCAGGCCAAACCCUCAGGUCUUCCCCACUGAAGUUUCACGGACCAGCACAACAAUUGAGAUUCGAUUUCGCAAGAAUUAUUUCUCUACUCGACAUGGUGAUAUAACAGCCUAUGCCAUCAUAGUGGCUGAGGAUGUAUCUGGUGAGGUACUUGGGCUAGACUUGCCCACUUGGCAGGAUGUCCAGAGAUACACCAUCUGGCCCCCUUACCAGGCAAAUGCUCCUUAUUAUCCUUUCAACACAUCCUCUGUGGUGGACUACACAAUUGGGACAGAGGAAUGUCAUGGAAAGGUGGGCCACUGUAAUGGACCUCUGAAGCCUGGUUCUACAUAUCGUGUCAAGAUUCGAGCUUUCACAUCUCAAGAAAAAUAUUCAGAUACAUACUGGAGUCAUCCUAUUGAAACUGAGAGGAAUACAUCAGGGAUGGUGAUAAGCAUCAUCAUUCCUCUCCUCCUUGUGAUUGUCUUGAUUGUGACGCUAAUGCUAAUGAGGCGAUACCGAGUGGGGAUCUGCUGGAGGAGGAAAGGUGUGGACAAAGGUCAUCAUCACCGUGGGGCAGGGAAGGAGGACAACAUUUCCCUCCCUGACAGUGUGAUUGUGACCAGUCGACCUGUAAAGCUCAAGGACUUCCAGGAACAUUAUCGUCUCAUGGCUGCAGAUUCAGACUUUAGGUUCUCUGAAGAAUAUGAGGAGCUGAAACAUGUUGGGAGAGAUCAGCCUUGCACAGCAGCUGACAUUCCAUGCAACAGGCCAAAAAACCGCUUCACCAACAUCCUACCCUAUGAUCAUUCCCGCUUCAAGCUUCAGCCAACAGAUGAUGAAGAGGGUUCAGAUUACAUCAAUGCCAAUUAUGUUCCUGUGAGUAAUGGGAAAAUAUUUUGCAGAGGAUUCCUUCACAUGGCCAACUUUCAGAAUAGUAGAGUAUUAUCAUUUCAGGGCCACAACUCUCCUCGGGAAUUCAUUGUGACUCAAGGUCCACUGCACAGCACAAGAGAUGACUUGUGGCGGAUGAUUUGGGAGGGUAACUCACGAGCCAUUGUGAUGCUCACCAGAUGCAUAGAAAAAGGACGGGAGAAGUGUGAUCAUUACUGGCCAUAUGAUACACAGCCAGCAUAUUAUGGAGACAUCCAGGUCAUUGUCCUCAAUGAAAGCCAGUAUCCUGACUGGACAAUACGAGAGUUCAAAGUCACCAGGGGAGAUACAUCACGCAUUGUAAGACAUUUCCAUUUCACAACCUGGCCUGACUUUGGAGUCCCUGACCCACCUCAGACUCUAGUCAGGUUUGUAAGAGCCUUCAGGGAACGUGUUGGUCCUGAACAGAAACCAAUUGUAGUACAUUGCAGUGCUGGGGUGGGUCGAUCAGGAACUUUCAUUGCCCUGGACCGCAUUCUCCAGCAUAUAAAGAAAGAGGACUAUGUGGAUAUUUUUGGGAUGGUAUAUGAGAUGAGGCGGGAGCGUGUCUGGAUGGUACAGACAGAGCAACAGUACAUAUGCAUUCAUCAGUGUCUCCUGGCUGUCCUUGAGGGGCGUGAGAAUGACAUCCCUCCUCGUGAGGUUCAUGAGAAUGAAGGCUUUGAAGAUGAGGGAAUAGCUGAGUCUGGCAUGUAAGAGCUUGUCCUCCACCAUUGCCCUGGAGUCUUGCAACACCAAAUGAAAGUGGAUGAGCUCCAGGUCUUCCUCUCAUCACAUCAGUCAUGUGAUGCCACAUGCUCUUGUUCAUUGGUUAUGCUGUCAAUUCCGAGUGAUAGUAAGUGCCUGCAUUUGUGAAGAGAAUGUUCCAAAGACUCAGAAAGAGUAUUUUUUUCAUCAUUUUUUCCACACAGAUUUCUAUUUUAAUCUAUCAAUGUCUUCUAAAGCUUGGUUCUUUGAUGUAUUUAUGGAAGCAUUCCAAGAGUUCAAGGUUACCCUUUGUGAUCACAAGGAUUUCCCCUUGGGGCUUUCACCCAAUCAAAACCAAAAUGACUUUGACAAGUAUUUCCCGUCCUGUUUCAUUCUCCCCUAGGGAUAUCUCAUGUGGAUCUGCUAAUUUGAAUCAGGCAGCUCACCCCUUUCAUCCCUUUUUUUCCAGGAAUUAUUUUUUUUGAGACCAUUGAUUGUAUUGACAAUGCAUUCAUGUUGAAAUUUUUUAUUCAGGAAUUUGCUUCCAGUCUCCUGCUUGAUUUCUUUCAUGAGGAUUUGGUAUAAGAUGAAAUUCUUUAUGUGAGAGUCAUUACUCCAUCUCUUUAACUUUUGGUGUUCUGAAAUUUCAUGACAAUAACACUGGUUCUUAUGAGAAAAUUAUGGGUGAGUGGUACCAUACCCCUCUCAUCAGCUCAGACUAUCAUCUUUUCAAGUGCAGUAUAUGUUGUAGUAGUUUGGUGGCCCCUUGACUUCACUCAGAUCUCUGUCAUCUGUAAGAGAUGCUUUUGCAAGCUUUGUCCUGUUCAUGACAUGAUCCAUGUCUCUUUGUUUUUCAUUCAAUUUUUUGCCAAAAAUGUCCUGUGCUGUGACCCUUCUUUUAAUGCCUUCAGUGUCACAAGGUACCCCAUUCAUCAAAGAGAAACAUGUAUUUAACUUAUCCUCUUAAAAGAUGGAAGGGAAUUAAUGGCUGCUAAUUUCUUAUGGUGUUGCUAGAGAAAGGUCUUCACUGUAUGUAAGGUACUCUACCUUUUUUUUUUUCUUUUUGACUGAGCAAGUUGUAGGCUGCUGUCAUUUUUAUACUCUUGAUAUCAAAUGAAGAAUCCCUGCCUUAUUGAAGCCUUUUUUAAAUAACUUUUUUGCAAUUAUAAAUUUUUAAAGAAGCAUGAAGCUAUGUGGGACCAAGAUGGAUGAGUUUAUGCCAGAACUCUUGAGGACUUUCACUUAAACUACUACUUUCUGCAGAAGCAUGCAACAUUUUUGCAUCUUUUUCAUCCCCCAUCCUUACUUCAGGUAGGAUGAAAUGCCUUUAUUUUAAUGGUGUUCUCAUUGGAAUCUCAUUGAACUGAUAGGCUAGUGUCUUAAGGCUCAAACUUUAAAAGAUGAAGUUUUCAUGAAGUAUGUUAAAUCCAUAAAGCUACUUUUUUUUGAAA